CCGCCGAGUAAACAUCACUCGGCCGAUAGGUCCCGUUGCUCUCCUCUUGCCAUUAGUGUGGAGGAGGGAGUUGUGCUCGCAGAGGCGCCGGUGACGAGCAGUGAGCGAGGAGCCGGCGGGAGGGCGGCGCGGAGAGUACAUGUUACCAUGGCAAUGACUGCAGGGACUACAACAUCCUUUCCCAUGAGUAACCACACCCGGGAGAGAGUGACGGUGGCCAAACUCACGCUGGAGAACUUCUACAGCAACCUAAUUAUACAGCAUGAAGAGAGAGAAACCAGGCAGAAGAAGCUAGAAGUGGCUAUGGAAGAGGAAGGCCUCGCAGAUGAGGAGAAAAAACUACGCAGAUCACAACACGCUCGUAAAGAAACAGAGUUUCUGCGACUGAAGAGGACUAGACUUGGCUUGGAUGACUUUGAAUCAUUGAAAGUUAUAGGAAGAGGAGCAUUUGGGGAGGUACGCCUCGUUCAGAAGAAGGAUACAGGUCACAUUUAUGCAAUGAAGAUACUGAGGAAAGCAGAUAUGCUGGAGAAAGAGCAGGUGGCCCAUAUCCGAGCAGAAAGAGAUAUUUUGGUUGAAGCAGAUGGAGCCUGGGUAGUGAAAAUGUUUUAUAGCUUUCAGGAUAAAAGAAAUCUUUACCUGAUCAUGGAGUUCUUACCUGGAGGUGACAUGAUGACCUUACUAAUGAAGAAAGACACAUUAUCAGAAGAGGAGACACAGUUUUACAUUUCUGAAACUGUAUUGGCCAUAGAUGCUAUUCACCAGCUGGGAUUCAUCCACAGAGAUAUUAAGCCAGAUAACCUUUUGCUGGAUGCUAAGGGUCAUGUAAAACUGUCUGAUUUUGGGCUAUGCACAGGUUUAAAGAAAGCUCACAGAACUGAGUUCUACAGGAACCUUACACACAACCCGCCAAGUGACUUCUCAUUUCAGAAUAUGAACUCAAAGAGAAAAGCAGAAACAUGGAAGAAGAACAGACGACAGCUGGCUUAUUCUACUGUUGGAACCCCAGACUAUAUUGCACCCGAAGUAUUUAUGCAGACUGGAUACAACAAGCUGUGUGACUGGUGGUCUUUGGGAGUGAUCAUGUAUGAAAUGUUAAUAGGGUAUCCACCUUUUUGCUCAGAAACGCCACAAGAGACGUAUAGGAAAGUUAUGAACUGGAAAGAAACAUUGGUAUUUCCUCCAGAGGUGCCCAUUUCAGAGAAAGCAAAGGAUUUAAUUCUAAGGUUUUGCAUCGACUCAGAAAAUAGAAUUGGUAGCAAUGGGGUAGAAGAAAUAAAAAGUCAUCCAUUUUUUGAAGGAGUGGACUGGGGACAUAUCAGGGAAAGACCAGCUGCAAUUCCUAUAGAGAUCAAAAGUAUCGAUGAUACUUCCAACUUCGAUGAAUUUCCCGAAUCUGAUAUUUUACAGCCAGUGCCAAACACAACGGAACCUGACUACAAAUCCAAAGACUGGGUUUUCCUCAAUUACACCUACAAGAGGUUUGAAGGGCUAACGCAGCGUGGCUCCAUCCCUUCCUACAUGAAAGGCGGGAAGUUGUGAAACAAAACAGAAACCCACAAAAGAAGUACAAAUCCAAACCUCAGGUAGCUGCAUCACCAGACCUGCUUGGCAUUAGUUAUCAAUACAUUGACUCUGGUGCGCAUCAGUUUCACAAGGAAAUUCUACAGGCUUAGGAUUUCUAAGACUACUACAGGAAUUAGUUGGCAGUGCCAGCUGGCUUUUGAUUUUGGGGGGGGGCGGUUGUUUUCUUUUUUUUAAAUAUUUGAAUAUUUUUGUUAACUUUAUUUUACAAAGGUACUGGAAUAAAAGGAACAUGUAUCCCUUUAACUGCACUGCCUAUGUGCGUACAAUGGUUAAUGAUGCCUCUCUGUACUGUGGCUUUGUUUGUACUGUAAACCAUCUAAUCCACCCAGGAGUAAAACAUAUCACUUUAUGCAGCAUUGUUAUUAUACUGCUUACCUGGUGGGUUUUAGAUAUGCAUUAUAAAAAAACAUUGCCUGCAUUUACAAAAUUCUCUGAGAAGUUGCUCCAAGGAUGUUCCACUUGUGGUCUACAGAAACCCCAUGAGUGUGGCAACUUGAAUUACUUUAAAUAGCAGUGUCCUUGUAUCUGCCUACCCUUGCUCUCCCCACUGGAGAGGGCUUUAUCAGCCAAUCAUCCCUUCUUCUCUGUCUUUUCUGCUGUGUGGUGGUGAGACAGUCCCUGUGAUCUGUUUGGUGGCAUUUCUGCUUUAAACAAUAGUUAAUGGGUAUUACUGCUCAAAAUGGGACCUAUUGGCAACUUCAGAAGAAUAAAAAAAAUCCAAAUAAAAAUUAUAAGGAUUUUUAACAGAAGGGAAACUUUCUGAUACCAAGUUCUGAAGAGAUGGCAGCAUUUCCAGGACUGUAUUCCUUUCUGUGUUUUAAAGCAGAUAAUCUUUUUGCUACUCAUAAUUCAAACAGUCUUUUCUGUCUAUUUAAAAAUAUGUUCUAGAAAAAUGUCCAAAAUGCUGCUUUUCCUUUUUAUCGUCCUAAGAAGUUCCAGGUAGAAGGGAUCCUGCUCUAGUCUCUUCUGUCCAGAAUUACCCUGUAGCAGCCUCUGCCAAGCUAGAGGAAAUGAAGCACCUCACUAGACUCAGAGUUCUCCUGCGGUCUCCAUCAUCUUGUGGUAUCGCUGUCUAGAUACUAGAUACAAAGGAUCAUGUGAGUCUGCAGCCCAGUUUUCAGGAACCACAAACCACCAUGACUGAAUUGGGCAGAGCAUCUAAAAGCUUUUCUCUCCAGUCUGCAAGAUGGUGCCAAACAGGCAGCAGAGACAAGUCCCCUUCUCCUAGGUCACGGGAACUGAAGCAGGAAUCCCUCCAUAUGCAGGGUAUGGUUUUGCUUUUCAACGUAGCAGCAGUUCAGGAUAGAAUUGCACUCCUCAAACGGUUUGCAGUUAUCUGAUCAGUGGGAAACGUAUCUUUAUGUCUCUGCCUAUACCAACAUCGUAUCUGCAGUACUUUAAAUCUAUCACAAUACAGUAGAGAUCUCUGAUGUCAUUUUCUGGUUACAAGAGAGAUUUACAACAAUGAACAAUGUCCCUGUAAUGGAACAAGCAGAGUCACUGCUGCCAUCUUCCUCUUCUGGACACAAGUGAAAGGUGGUCUAAAAACUGCAACACUCAUUCGAGUGAAGCACAGGAUGUUUGUGCAUACAGUAGGAAAGGUUCUAUUAGACUGGCUUUUGCAGCAAAAUUGAAGUGACUACAAAGCCCUUACAGAAAUAUUUAUUGCUGUUAGGCACCAUGGUAUCAGCUGUUCUGCAUUAUUUGUUAUGCUUUAAAAACACACUGGUCUGUCCAUCUGCUGCAUAAAAGACCAUUUACCAGCAAGACUUCUGUGUAUCAGUGGCUUACUGGUGUGCAUGUAGUCUUCCCUGAUCCAACAGCUACUAGGUUCCUUGGGGCUUCAGUGAUGUCUUUCCCUCCAAAAUUCUGUCUACUUUCAAGCACCUAAUAUCUUCUAUUUAUGCUGCAUUUUUACAAAAAUAAAAAAAAAGUAGUCUUCAGUUCAUGAAAGAGGAGUAGCCAGUGCCUCGGGGCCCAUCCAAUUUAUAUAGUGUUCUAUCAGAACAUGACUAAGCUGAACUUUUACCUAAGUGCUGGAGUUAGGUGGGAACGGCUCAUUAAUCUUCUAGAUUUUCUUCCCAGACCUUAUGCUAAUUAAUGACCCUUUACUGCUGUAGGGGCAAGAGCCUCCAGAAAUUCUCCAGUGUUGUUCUUAGUCUUGUCAACAUUGUGAAGCUCAACCUAUAUUCAUGCAAAGGCUGUCCAAAAACAAUUUGCAUGAAUCCGCCUUUACACUUUGAUUUCAUUCGAUAGUGCUCUAGCAGCUUCUGAGACUUCUCACCAAAGGAAGUCUUUUCUAAGGUCUUCAAUCCAUUCUACCAAGACAGAGGAUCAAUGGGCAGAAAAUAUCAGAGAUGCAAACUUGGCUUCAAAGGGCACUGCGAUACAACAGAGAAUUUGUAAAAGUUUUAAUUUCUAAACUCAUUCAUGGGGCACUGUGUACACCAGAAGUGGAAUUCCUGCAAACAAUGCAUUUCAAAAGACCACAGUAACCCUAUCUGUGUAACAUAAAAAGAAGUCUUUGCUUCAAAUUCCUAAGACAAGAUAAGUUUCAUGGAGACUGCAAAUGCUCAGUAAUAUUGGUGAUUUUUCUUUUUCCUGUGGGAUUUAGGGGAGGGAAGAUAAAUACACACUUAAUUUAAGGCUAUCUAUUAAACAGCUCUGUUUGUACAUACUCACUGGUUUACAAACUUGGGGAAAAAAGCUCAACCCUUCUAUUUGUAACACUAAAGAUAAUACUCAUUUAAAAUUGCGGAUGAUUAAUCAUAUCAGUGCUCACAUAGCAGUUAUAUCCAUAAGGAGACAGCCUGCAGCCUAUUUAGCAUAAAGUCCUGUAUUGUGGUAGUUGUUUUUUUUUUUUAAACAAAACAGCAUUAUUUUAAUCAGUCAAACAAAAUAUUAACUACUGCUUUUAGGAUGAUAGAUUUGUUUUGUUUUUUUAAAAAAAAAGGUGAAACUGUGAUACUGUAAUGGAUUAAAGAGAACAGAGGGUUAAUCUCCACUGGCUUUCAAACAAUGGAAGUACAACAUAUUUUUUUGUUAUUUUUGUCUUAUUCCUUUGGAUGGCUGUGUUUGGGUUUUUGGUUUUUUUCUUCCUUUGGCGAUGUUUGUCACUGUGCCAUUUAUUUUUCUUAUUCUUGGAGUACCAAAGAUCCUGAAAUGGCUUGAUGAUUGCAGCCAUGUGAAAAUUUAUUUUCUGGAAGUAUGUUUUGUUAAUGUUUGUUAAAAUGUGGAACUGUGUAUGCAAAUUGUUAUUGGAGGUUUUGCUGGGAAAUUUAACCUGUUCCAGCAGGGGAAACUCGAGUGCAUCGAUGGAAGUGGUGAGCCUGGAUCUGAAUACUCUGAAACUGGGGAGGAAGCUUGGAUUGGGAAACGCAACUGAGCUUUUGCCCUUUGCUCCAUCUCCAAUCAGCAUGAGCUGAGUGGCCUUAGGUACAGGACAUCAGCAGAGGUUGUUUCAUGUGCAAAAGGAGUUAAAAAAAAAAUUGCCAGCAUUCAGAAAUCAAAUAUUGUUGAUACUGCAUUUGCACUGCUAAAUUUGCCUUGCUGGAGAGUUAUGUAAGUGUUAUUUUUAUAGGUCAAUUGUUAAAACACCUGAGCCAUUGGAUACAGUAUGGAAUAAUAGCAUCUGACGUGGGUGAACUCACCUAAGUGCAAAGGGGCUUAGCUCUCCACGCUACAAGGAGAAAUGGGCGUAAGUGCGGUGUGAAGGGUGUUGUGUCAGCUCCCGCUAACAAGGUGACUUUCAUCCUCUGCAAGCAGGGAAUACUGCCGUGUUGCCCAGUUAUACUCUAAUGCUUAGGAAGUGCUCUCACUUUUUCAAUAAUGCGAGCAGUUACGAGCAUUGUAACAUACUGUACCUUGUCCUUUUCAUGUUGAUAUAUUACAGCAGCUCAUUCUUGGAGUCGAAAUGGCAACUGCUAUAUUUUUCCUAGACUGUUUCAUUAGCUGUGGUUGGGAAAGUUACAUAGAAGCAUUAUAAAAAUUUAUAUGAAGCUUUUUACAGCAUUUGAAAAUAAAAGUAGCAUUCUUUUUGUAAAGCUGCCAUUCUUCCUUUGUACCUUUGUACUGAAUUUGAUGAUCUUCUGACUGGGAGACAUCUAAGGAAUUGUGCACUACUUUGUGUAUUCAUCUUGAAUUCCAUGGACAGUGAAAAGCCCAGGGUUGCUGCUCUCAGUCUGAAAGCAGAGGUCAUGUAAACUGCUCAACUUGUGUCAACUGGAGUCACGCAAAGCUACUUCUAAAGUGGUUAAUGCCCUUCACAGGAGAUGUACCUUCUUCCCUGUAGGCCAUAAUUUAUUGAAGAAAGGCUUCCAUGGGCAGUUGUGCCCUAUAAUUGACUAUAGAAACAGCUUUGUCCUACUGUACCCUGUUCCUUGCUGAGUUUAGCACAGUGGCAGCAGAUGCAGUUGUGAAAUAGUCACACGCACAAAAAAAACUAUGAUGGAGUUGAGCAGCUGAAAGCAAAGAGGAGCUAGAAGCUAGUGACAACUGGCCUUCUCUGGAGCCCUCCAGUGAAUAGUAGCCCUCCCUCCACUUGAGAAUGACUGCUCUCAGUAAAUGACACAAUUUUAAUAGAAUUUUAUGAAUUCUAUUUAACCGGAUUACACUUUUUUCCUCCAGUAAAGACAUAUAUCUGAGCUCCAUCUCAUAAGGAAAUGCAGGCUUGUUUCUUUGUCUCUUCGCAUGGCCAAAUUAAGUAUUCCUCCAAAAUACAUCACUUCAGUGGGAAACAGAGUGGCUACGUCUUCAGCACCUGCAGAAAUGUGGUGAUGGUUUGGUGGGGUUGUAUUUUUUUUUUAAAUCAACCAAACAUGCUGCAAAUAUCUGUUGUCCAUUUUUCAUUUCUUAUUCUUGUACCAAAGCAAAACAAUUAUGCUUUGAACAGUGAAAGUUCUUUUCUGACAAUAUUCCCAUGGAAAGAGAAGGAAAUGUUCAAAACCAAUCUGUUGUGGUAGGAGAGAUUACAAUAGUGGUUUCCAGAUCUGGGCUAGACAGGGAUAUAUUUGCAGUGCAGGAAGUACUUAACGUCCCUCUUUAAGGUACUUUUAUUCCUCAUGCAUGUAUAUUUUAAAUGCCACUGAGGUUCUAAAAUGCCUGUUCCAUAGCUGAACUUCAAAGAUGAAAGCAGGUUUUAGAUGUGGGUGCCAGCAGCCUGUAACCUUCCAGCCCUGCUGGGUUCAGCAGUAGUAGAGUCUGCUUUUCAGCCUAAGAGAAGCCGCUGUCUGAGAGAUGCCAGGAACGGUAAUGCUGGCACAGCUGAAGGGCAAGUAGCAAUGUAUUUAUAAUACAAUGAACUUACUUUCUCUUGAUAGUAGGUUUGUACAUUUCAUCACACAAGAAUACUGCUACAGUAAGUCUGAGGGGAAAGGAAUCUUCACACAAGCAGAGAGUUUGUCUCACCACCUCCUCCUCCAACCACCUCUCUUCAGGUUACCUGAUGGCAUAGAGGUUACUCUGGGGAAAUGGGGCAAGUCAGCUUGAACCUUCUCAUGCUGAGGAGGAAAAUUAACCCAGUUUUUCUCAUUUCCCAAUUAAAUCAGAGUUGUGCUAGGAACAGUUUGUUUCUGAUUUGAACUGACCCUCGAUGCCACAUCUUGUUUCUGUAUCGGCUGCUUUAAUCUGUUUCUAGCGAGUCACCAUCUGCUGCCACUUCUCUAGGAAUACGUGCUUUCUAUACAUGCUGUCCCUGGGCAGUCUGCCUUCAGUUGGUAGCAGUUUCUUCCCAUCCAGGUGCCUCUGCCCAUCCUCCUCCUUCCAGAGACAAAAUCUUUGCCCUUACCUCUACAUUUCCUGUCCACAAAAUUAAAACAAUGUUGAGUGAGGCAGCUUGACAGCAGAGUAUGUGCUGUGACCUUGAAGCUGUUGUGUAAAAGCAUAACCACAGCCCUUGUUCCAUAUUUUGAAGAAGAGAUGGCAGCUACAGCUAGCAUUACAUACACACCAUGUCUCAGGAACAUGGAGGUAUCAGAGCUCCAACAGGAACCAGGUGCCAAGACAUUUCCCCCAGUCCACUAAACUUUGAGACUCAAAAUAACAAAUGAGCAGCUAGGAACUUCAGUGGCUUCUUGAUCAUGAUGGAGUGAAUCACUGGUAAACUAAACGCAACCUCAGGGAGGCUGUCUUUGAGGUCUCAUCCAGCUCCCACUGAAGUCAGCAAAAGAUCCCUAUCUAAAGCCCAAAGAAACCAGGGAACAAGUAUGAUCUCACAAGCAGGCUGUUGCUGAUGCCAUGUUUUCAUAUUCUUUACAAAUAAGAUAUGAAAGAUUAUACUAUCUAUAUGACUCAUUUGGUUGAAAAGCACUACUUGAAGAGGAUGCCUUUUAGCUUCAAAUACAAUGGUGAGAAACUUGUGCGGUACUUCUGCUGUUGAAGAAGAAAAUAUUACUUUGUUUUUAAUAAGUGUAAUUAAUGUCUCAAGAAAACUUUGCAAAUGGCACAAUUUAUUUAAAUGCCUUCUUCUGAAAUAGCAUGCUACCUAACUGGGCCCUAGUAUGGAUUUUGCUGCUUGUAUGAAGCAAACAGAUCAACAUGACUUUGUGAAGUUGACAGGUGGUGAACAAUGAAGGUAACACGUUCAGCCGGCACAGUCCUGCUGAGCAACGUUAGACUCUGCAAAAGUUGUCAGGUUUCUCUUUUCAGUUCAUUCUGCUUUGACAUAGGGGCAGUGGUUUGCCCUUCUGUAUCUUGGCAUUGCUCCUAUACCAGCUGUUUAACAUAAGUCUGUUAACACUUGAAAAGACCAGGAAUCUGGCUUCCAGACAGUAAUGUAAUGCAUUGUCAGGACUUUUGUAGGCAAGAUGAAUGCAACAGCUGUAGCAGCUCAGAGGUUCACAGAUUGGUUGUAUGCAAAGCCAAGAAAAGAAAGGUAUUUUGUCUUUGGAGCUAUGCUACCCUUGCUGCUGCUUUUCUCUUAUAGCCACAGCAGCAGCACUGAUUGGGAUCCAACUGAUCCUGGAAAGGCAAGACUUGGCUUGGGGGCUGCCACUUGUACACCAUGGGCACAUUUGCAUUGCUUUUCAACAGGCCUCUUAAGCAGCUUGCUUCAUCCUUGCAAUACAACAGUAUUUCAGAGACAUUCAACAUUAAACUCUUGUUACACAUUCAGAAAAUAGCAGUUUCUGCCAGGAUAAAAAGGCUAUUUAAAAACAGAAGAGCCCACAGAAAUGGCACUAUCGAAUUCAAAGUUCCGAGAUUUCCAAGGAAGUUAAUUACUUUGUGGGUACAAAACUAACCAGCCAUGCCUCCAAAUUAAAACAGGCACUUUGGAAAAUGCCCAUCUUUUUUACUUGUUUUGAUUUGGUUAGAAAACCAUGUAGUAAACUUGUCAUUCUACUGGCUCCAAUGCUAAGAUUGUAGAGGGAGAAGAGCAAGCAAGAUUUGGGAGCUCUCCUCAAGCUAAACUUGUUUCAUCAUGAAUUAAUCCAUGAUUCACAGAUCUUUACAGCCAGACAAUGUCACUACCACAAUCCACAACCUGAUGUACUGUAUAACAUAAUCCAUACUUCACUCACUGUAUGGUGACAGCACAGUGCAGCCUGUUGCUGGCAAAUCCUGAAUUCUUUUAUGCUGUUUGUUUUUUUUUUUUCUUUGUUGAAGGGCUUCUGUACCUAUCACUGAGUGAAAAUAACUUUAAAGAGCUUAUUUUUUUAUUGCUGGCUGAAUGUAGUAUGACUACACUAUUUGUAUCACUUUUCAAGCAAAAGACUGUCUGAUUUGAGGAAGAACUUUUGCUUUAAAGUGAUUUUACUAAUGCAUAGACACAGAGUUUAUAGCAAAGUCCACAAACUGCUUGUGGUCCCCUUAAAAGUAGUCCAAUAACUUUCAUGCACAAACCACAGACUAAUAACAGAUAUUUUAAAAAAAAAAAAAAUUCAUUCUUCUGACUAGCUAGCUUGUUUACAUGUACUCUAAAAGGCUCACUUGAUUCAGCUCACAGCUGUUGUUCUUCACAUUACUUUGAGCCAUGUAAUACCAUGGUCUGAGAGAAAACCACAAACAUGUUCUGGAAGAGAAGUCUCUCAAAAAUCUGUAUUUGUAUUUACAGGUGUGCUGAGUAACUGGAAUUUACUGGUAUUGAUUUUCAGUAGAAAAAGUUAGCUAGCUCACCCACCCGAAGCAGUCACCUAAGUAUGUUUUUAUACGAAGCAAUACACAGAGUGAGUCUUGGUGUCCUCUCAGAGAGGGAGAGUGUUUUUUGUCUAGUCACUUUCAGCUUUUGAAAUAGGUCUCUUAAGCAUGGUGUGCAUGGAACCAGCUUAGCCUCAGCACAUAUACAAUCACAUCUAUGUCAAGGUGGUAUCUCACAGAAAUGCUGACCAGAUGUUCUUUAUGUCCUGUGCAAUGGCUAAGACAUUAUAUGCUCUGGCUGGCAUUAAUCAUUUACAGAAAAAGGUAUAAUAAUAGAGAUACCUUUCUUCAACUGCUCAGUCUCAGGCUAUUAUUUAACUGUUCUGAGGUUUGAGUGUUAUUUUUACCCCUUAAGCAAGUUGUUGUAUAAGUUGUUGGAAAAAAAUGAAGCUAUCUGUUGCUUACAUAAAGCAUUCUGUUCUCUGUUUUAUAGCUAAAAGCUACUUAAGAGAAAGUGCUCACCUAAAAACAGGGCAAAAUAUCAAGUGUGGCCUACUCAAAAUCAGUGCCUUACAUAAACUGCCAAGACUCUAGGCUAACUACAUGAAAUAAACACCAUAACUGGUCAUAUAUGAAAUGUAUGAAAUGGUUGAUUAAAAGACCAAGCAUUGCUUUUGCAUAAGAAAGAACAAUAAAUGAUGUUUAAAACCUGUGUUAAUGAAUUGGCAGCGCAUUAUGUUUAUAAGGACUCUCUACAUGCAAGAGAUGUGACAUUGACCAUGGAUAAAAAAAUACACAGAAGAAAACCUGACAGGCAGAAUCCUUGCUAAGAGACUGAUCUGAUUUUCUGACCUAGAUGUACCAUGAAGUGC